GGCCGCGCCGCUGACAGCCGCCGGGGUUCCUUCGCAGGAUCCCGACCCUCCUUCAUUUCCUCCCUCCUUUCAUCCCUCCCUCCGGCCGCGGCCCGGGGCGCCCGGCAGCCGGCCGGGGCGGGGAGCAACCGGCGGAGCGCGUUUCCCUCGCUCGGCAGCCACAGCCCCGCAGGCGGCGGGCGGGGAGGGAGGCUCAGCGAGGCUCGGGAGGAUCGGCGAGGCGAGGCUUAGGGGUGAGGAGCGGAGGGGGAACGCAGCGGCGUCCCCUCCGACGGGGCUUCCCCGCCCCAGCCUCCGCUCCGGUGCUGGGCGGCGGCACCCCCCGGGGAAGGCACACACGGAGGCGACCACCCCCCUCUUAUCUCCCCCCUCCGGAGCUCACCCCCGUCCCCUCUCCUCCACGCAGGUCGGAGCUGACAGCCCGACGGGGGUCCGGCCGCGCCGCGCCAUGCCCGCCGCCCUUCUGCUGCUGUUGCUUCUCGGCUGCCGCCCAGCCGCCGCUGUCGAGGGCAACGGAGCCCUGAGACCCCCGGGUCCCGGCCUGCAGGGCCCUCCGGGGGCCGCCGAGGCUGCCCCCCCGACGGCCGGGCCCCCCAUGCCGCCCAACACCUCGCGGGCGGCCGCACUGCCCAAGGGCUUUGGAGGGGUGGGCGGCGGGAGGCCCCGCUCGGCCUCUCCCCCCAUGUGCACGGGGCAGACUGAGAUCAAGGAGACUUUCAAGUACAUCAACACGGUGGUGUCCUGCCUGGUCUUCGUCCUGGGCAUCAUCGGCAACUCCACGCUGCUGCGGAUCAUCUACAAGAACAAGUGCAUGAGGAACGGCCCCAACAUCCUCAUCGCCAGCCUGGCCCUGGGCGACCUGCUGCACAUCAUCAUCGACAUCCCCAUUAACGUUUACAAGCUACUUGCAGAGGACUGGCCCUUUGGUGUUGAAAUGUGUAAAUUAGUGCCCUUCAUUCAAAAGGCAUCAGUGGGCAUCACAGUGUUGAGUUUGUGUGCCCUCAGUAUAGACAGGUACCGAGCAGUAGCUUCUUGGAGUCGAAUUAAAGGAAUUGGAGUGCCAAAGUGGACUGCUGUUGAAAUUGUAUUGAUCUGGGUUAUAUCGGUGGUAUUAGCUGUUCCGGAAGCUAUUGCAUUUGACAUGAUUACAAUGGAAUACAGAGGAAAGGAUCUCAGAAUCUGCCUACUUCACCCCACACAAAAAACAUCCUUUAUGAUGUUUUACAAGCAAGCUAAAGACUGGUGGUUGUUCAGCUUUUACUUCUGUUUGCCACUGGCUAUCACAGCACUUUUCUAUACUCUCAUGACCUGUGAGAUGUUACGAAAGAAAAGUGGGAUGCAGAUUGCUUUAAAUGAUCACUUAAAACAGAGACGUGAGGUGGCCAAAACUGUGUUCUGCCUGGUACUUGUUUUUGCUUUGUGUUGGCUCCCACUUCACUUAAGCAGAAUAUUGAAACUCACUAUUUAUGAUCAAAAGGACCCAAAUAGAUGUGAACUUUUAAGCUUUUUUCUUGUGAUGGAUUACAUCGGUAUUAACAUGGCUUCACUGAAUUCCUGCAUCAAUCCAAUUGCUCUGUAUUUGGUGAGCAAGAGAUUCCAAAACUGCUUUAAGUCAUGUUUGUGUUGCUGGUGCCAGUCCAAAGAUCUGUUGUCCCUGGAGGAAAGGCAGUCCUGUUUAAAGUUCAAAGCUAAUGACCACGGAUAUGAUAACUUCCGCUCCAGUAACAAGUACAGCUCUUCAUAAAACAGGCAUAAAAGGUAUAUUCUCUUACAUUAAUGCUGGUGCCUUUUUAAGUAAAAGUGGCAAUUACUUUUAAUGAGAUGGCAACAUACAGAAAGCUCUAGUUUUGUGUUUGCACAAAACUGAAAGAAUAUCAUUAAAAAAAAAAAAAUGCCCAAAAGCUGUGUAACUCUCAAAAUCACAGAGACUUACAAAACUGUAAUCUAUGGAACAUGAAGAAUUGCAUAAAAAGUCAUUGUUAGCACUUGAAUACUUCUGAAUCAGCACUUCCAAAUGAUCCCCACUUCCUGUAUAUUAAACCGUCAUUUGUAUUCACUGUAACAGUUGUAGGAACUGGAGUCACAGUAAUUACUAAGCAGUAUAAUGUAACUUUAAUUGGAUCAAAGCCAGUAUUAUUAUAUAACUCAAUAUAUUAUCUUUUAUAAAGCAAAUUAACCACCAUCACUAUUGUUUUGUUUUGUUUUUAAAAUAAAACCUGAGAUACAUUGUAAUGCGAGUUUAAAUGUAAACAAGUAUAAUUUUUAUCAGGGUUUUAUAGAGGUAGAUAAUGAAAUAUUAAAGAAUGCAGUCAAGUUGAAAGUGCAUUUCACUCUGAUGAUUGUUUUUACCUACUGUUUUUGGAAGGAACUUCCAAGACCUCUAUAAAUACCAUUCUGUAGCCACUUCACUUGUUCAGUGCAUUUGGCAGUGCACUUGGGUAUGGUCGGUUUCACUCUUUCCAUGUUAUUUGUGUUUAAUGGUAGCAGAGGAGAGAAAAA